AUGGCGGGCACCCAGGGAUUUAUUUCUCUUGGCAUUCCUGCUCAUUCAUCUCUGGCCGAGGUGUGGCUGACACAUAGGCGACGGAGACAUAGGCGUGAUGACUUUAAUUCCAUUGAGCAGGCUAUUUGGGAAGCGAAGGAAAGGGGGAGCAAUCGCGAGGACCAUGCGCUUUGGUGUGGGAAGAAUGGAACAUUCAAACCAAACUUCUCAUCAAAGCACACAUGGAACAAUAUUCGGAACCCUGCAUCUCGAAAAGUUUGGAGCACCAUGGUCUGGUUCAAGAAUGCAACACCGCGAUGUGCUUUCAUCACCUGGCUUGCGAUGCUGAACCGUUUGUCCACAGGAGAGUGUAUGGCGCAAUGGGGUCAGGGGUUGGCCACUUCAUGCAUUUUCAAAUCAGAUAUGGCAAAAGUUAAUGCAGGGACUGCUCAAGUGCAUUACACGUAUCGUUGGAAUGAGAUUAUAUUGCUCUUCACGUCGAAUGCUCUGCCACAAACAGAGCUAUUCCUCGCUCGAUAUACUCUUUUAGAUGGCCCUUAUUUCGAUUUGGAAGGAGCGAAACGGCAAGUGCCAUGGCGACACCCCAAUUCAAGCUGA